AUGUCCCAAACAGAAGAAGAAGACUACACGCAGUUCGUCCAAACCCAACCCCCAGCCACAAUCGCAGCAUGUCUACGCCGCGACCAACUCCUCUGCCAGGAGAAUCACCUCCCCAGUCCCCUAGCCAUGCACCUCCCAACCCAACCUUGUGAGCUCCUGGACGCAAUCUCCAAACACCUAAUCCCAGAUACCACCAUCCCAGCCCCAAUCCGCAUACUCCAAUGCCAGGGCAUCAUCAGCGGAAUCAAAGCCUCCGUAAACCAGAUGUCCUCCAUCAGAACCUGGACAGCCGAAGCCACCGAAAAAGGAACAGGGAUAAUCCCCACAACCAAAGACUUCAAAUCCGCACUUCGCGUGCUCGAAUAUCUCCAAAAAUACCCCUCCAUCUCAAUGCUAACCGGCACAAGUCCAUUCCCGGACGUGAUCGCCUCCGUGAAAACGCAACUGGCAUUCGAAGAUGGUCUCCGCGCCGUGAAUCACCUUCACACGGCCCAUAAGGAUAGCCAACUGGGCUCAAAAGCCAGUUACAAGUCCCGCAGACCGAAGCGGAAUUGCUACAUGUGUCAUUUCGAGAUCAGGACUGACGAAGCGCACGAUAUAUACCCGUCAUUGUGUCGACCGUGUGGGUCCUUUAACCUGGCUUCGUCGGCGAUCUCACAGCCCCCGAAUCUAGAUUUAGCAGGGAAGACGGCCCUGGUUACGGGCGGGAGAAUCAACCUCGGUUAUGAAACUGCGCUGCGGCUGCUCCGCUGUGGAGCCAGCGUGAUCGUGUCAUCGCGCUAUCCGCGGGACGCGGUGGUGCGGUAUGCGAGGGAGGUGGAUUUUGGGGCCUUUUCGUCGCGACUGAGGGUAGUGGGGGCGGACUUUCGCACGGCCAGAGAUGCGUUUCGGCUUGUGGAGGUUGUGAAGCGGUUACUGGAUGAUUGGGAGGGGGAUGGCAGGGAGACUGCUGGCAAGGCGCUGGAUAUUCUGGUUAAUAAUGCGGCGCAGACGCUGACGGAUCCUGUGCGCUCUGAGACGAGGGCCAUUGUACGGGAGGAGCAGUUGGAAGGAGAGAUUGGGGAGCUUGGGCUGAUUCCGGAUUAUGGGGAGCGGUAUGUGCCCAAGCUUCGGGGUGGAGUGGGCAGUGCUUGGGGGGGUAUUGAGGAUCAGGUCCGCUUGCAGAUCGCAGGGAGCGCGGAGCCAGAGUCUGUGGAAGGUCAUGGAAUGGUGCAGAAGGGUCUGGGUCCGGAUGGAAUGGCGGAGGAUGACUCGAAGUCGUCGUGGACUCAGCGUCUGGACCAGAUCCCGUAUGAGGAUGUGAUUAGCGCGCAGGCUGUGAAUGCCUUCGUGCCGCUGAUUCUAUGUCGGGAGCUUUUGCCCCGAAUGGGCGCCACGGGGAAGUCGUCUCGGCCUUUGGGAUACAUUGUGAAUGUGUCCUCGCGGGAGGGAAUCCUGGAGAGCAGGACCAAGUCUGCGAGCAAAGCUGGUCACCAUGUUCACACGAAUAUGUCCAAGGCGGCGCUGAAUAUGAUUACAGAGACGGAGAGUGAAGCGGCGUGGAAGCGGCAUGUCGCUAUGAAUACAGUGGAUCCAGGUUAUAUGAGUGCCGCACCAGAGUGUCAGCGGGCAGAUGGCUGCCCGAUUGGAUUUGAAGAUGGUGCUGCCAGGGUGCUGUGGCCGAUUGCUGUCGGAGAGCGUGAGCAUCGAGUGAUCCGCGGACGGUUUAUGAAGCAUUUCGGACACCAUGAUGCUAUUAUAUCGCGUGGAAUAUAA